GCUCCGCGGCAUGUGGGAUCUUCCCGGACCAGGGCACGAACCCGUGUCCCCUGCAUCGGCAGGCGGACUCUCAACCACUGUGCCACCAGGGAAGCCCGAUGACCAUUUUUUGUGUAUAGAAGUGUUAACUGAUUCCGUGAGUAUCUUGCUUCAGACUUUAGCCCUAGGGGGACCGGGAGGAGGGCUUGAAAGGGUGGGGGAGGCCCGGGUGGUGGCUUUUGUUGGAAACUGCUGGCCUGUCCACGAGGCUGAGCUCAUCGGAUCCAUGCAAUUCGAGUCUGUUCUGAACUUCCUUGGCUCAUGUUUCCAAGAAGAGUGAAGUCCCGCUUCCUCUGCAAGGGUCUGUCGCAGCCCUGGGACGAGGUGCUGUGUGACUGGGGGCGGGGCAGGGGGCGGGGCCAGGCAGGGGCAGGACAGCUUAGUGUGUACACGUGGCCGCCUCGCGGGUCCCAGCCGUGCUCAGGCAGCCCCUUGGCUCCCCUUGCAGGACAAGGGCAGCCCACUCCUCAGUACAGGUUCCGGAAGAGAGACAAAGCGAUGCUAUACGGCAGGAAUAUCAUGAGGAAGGUGACCACACUCCCCCACGCGCUUGUGGGGAACACAGCUGCCCCCCGGCAGCAGGCGAGGAAGAGGACCAAGGUGCUAUCUUUGGCCAAGAGCAUCCUGCGUUUCAAGCAGGAAUACCCCACCCUGCAGCCAAAGGAGCCCCCGCCCUCCCUGCUGGAGGCCGACCUCAAGGAGUUCGAUGUGAAGAAUUCUCACCUGCCGUCAGAAGUCUUGUACAUGCUGAAAAAUGUUCGGGUCCUGGGUCACUUUGAGAAGCCACUUUUCCUGGAACUUUGCAAACACAUGGUGUUUGUGUAGCUUCUGGACGGGGAGUACGUCUUCCGGCCAGGGGAGCCAGAUACCAGCAUCUAUGUGGUGCAGGACGGGCGGCUGGAGGUCUGCAUCCAGGAUUCGCGAGGCCACCUGUGUAGGCUAGCACGCCGCGGAGAGAAACAUGGUAAUUCUUCCUGGAUAUCAUGUAAAGCAGCCCAUGUCCAGCGGGCCAGGCACUCAGCAUCACGUGAUGACCCUCGGCUCUGGGGAAGGCCCUCGUGGCCUGCCUGCGGGCAGUCGUGGCUUCCCGGUGCUGCCCCGUGUUUUCCGCCUGGGGAUGAGAGGAGAUGCCGUCCCGGGCAAGGUCCCAGGCCACGUGCCCCGCACCUGCCUGCGACCAGACAGCAGCCACAUCACCUUCCACUGCUUAGAGUGGUUUACAGCCACGGCAGUCUUGACACCGUGGGUCUGAGGCAGCGGCCCCCAACCUUUCUGGUACCAGGGACUGGUUUCGUGGAAGGCAAUUUUUGCAUGGACUGGGGAGUUUUGGGGGGAUGGUUCAGGCGGCUGCGGACCGCUACUGGUUGUGACUCGCUGAUUCACCUCUUGGGCGAGAAGAUCCUGGUCAGCCUCCAGCAGGGAACUGCAACAGCUGGGUGCCUGGGUCACCAGUUUGGGCUACAUGCUGUAGGGAGCAAGUGGGACUCGGGGAACCCUGCCAGCAACCUCUCCACGGUGGCCGUCAUGCCCGUGUCAGAGGAUGUGCCCCUCACCACCUUCACCCUGGAGCUCAAGCACGCCCUUAGCGCCAUCGGCCCUGCCCUGCUGCUGACCAGCGGCAACGUAAAACAGCACCUUGUCUCUGCUGCUCUGGACAGUAUCCACGAGCACCGGCUGUCCAGCUGGCUGGGGCAGCAGGAGGACAUCCACCGGAUCGUGCUCUACCAGGUGGACAGCACGCUCACACCCUGGACCCAGCGCUGUAUCCGGCAGCCCGACUUCAUCCUUAUCGUGGGCCUGGGCGAGCCAGCGGACUGUGAAGUUACUUCACUACACGCGUGUGCAGGGGUGUCUUCAGGGCACCACCUGGAAUUGCUGCUGAGCGGCAGAGGCUGUGUGUCUUCAGGUUCAGAGAGCUGCCAGACUGCAUUCCUGUUGUGCACUGGAGUCUCGUUGUCCCUUCGCUUUGUGUUCCCCACCUCCUUCCUCUGCCCCGUCGUCUGUUCUCAUUUCACGCUUCCAUCCCGGUCCUGGGACAGCUACAAACUCGUCAUCUCCGAUCUGGAGCGGGUGCUGGAGAGCGCAGCUGUGCGUGCCCAGAAGCGCCGGGAGGACGGGCCUGCGCCGGCCCGCACUGUGUAGCGGCUCAACCUGGGGGGCUGUUCCGGCCACCUGCACCCCUGCUGCCCUCGCCGCGUAACCAGGAGGAGCCUGCCCGAGAUGGUGGAGCCGUCGGAGCGGGUCUGCCAGAGGCCCCCGGACCUCCGCUCGGACUUCUCCGGCCUGGCGCGGGUGCUGACCAGCAACGCUGUCGCCUUGGUACCCGGGGGAGGGGGGCGUAGAGGCUGUGCCCAGGUGGGCAUCAUCCGGGCCCUGACAGAGGGCGGCAUCCCUGCGCACGUGCUCGCGUCCACCAGGGCCUUCACAGGCACCCUGUGCUCUGAGGAGUGGAACUACAGCCAGAUACGGAUCCGGGCCAAGCAGUGGGCUGAGGAUGUGAUGUCGAUGGUAAAGACCAUGCUGGACCUGACCUACCCCAUCCCCUCUGUGUUCGUGUUCUCGGGGGCUGGCUGCAGCAGAAGCAUCUGCAGUGUCUUCAAGGACAGGCAGAUCGAGGACCUGUGGGUCCCCUACUUCACCAUCACCACGGACAUCACAGCCUCUGCCAUGAGGGUCCACACAGAUGGCUCACUAUGGAGGUACGUGCGUGCCAGCAUGUCCCUGUCGGGCUACAUGUCCCCGCUCUGCGACCCCAAAGAUGGACACCUGCUGAUAGACGGGGGCUCCAUCAACAACCUGCCAGAUGUGGCCAGGUCAAUGGGGGCAAAGGUGGUGAUUGCCAUCGACAUGGGCAGCCGGGAUGAGACAGACCUCACCAACUACGGGGAUGCGCUCUCCAGGUGGUGGCUGCUGUGGAAGCGCUGGAAUCCCUUGGCCACGAAGGUCAAGGUGUUGAACAUGGUGGAGAUCCAGACGCGCCUGGCCUACGUGUGCUGCGUCCGGCAGCUGGAGAUGGUGAAGAGCAGCAACUACUGCGAGGACCUGCGCCCCCCCCACAACAGCUACGGCACCCUGGACUUCAGCAAGUUCGACGAGAUCUGUGAGGUGGGGUACCAGCACGGCCGAACAGUGUUUGACAUCUGGGGUCGCAGUGGCAUGAUGGAGAAGAUGCUGCAGGAUCGGUAGGGGACGAGCAAGGUGAAGGCGUCCAACGUGCUCACCUGCCCCAACGCCUCCUUCAUGGACCUCACUGAGAUCGUAUCACGUAUUGAGCCUGCCAAGGUGGCUGCAGCAGAUGAUGAGUCUGACCACCAGACCGAAUACAAGGAGGUGCUGCUGGGCAGCCCAGCCGACCUGGGCUCCGACUCAGAGGACGAGCCCUCGCUUCGGCAUCGGUACUCCCGUCUGGCUUCCCCUGAACCAUCCCAGGACUCCUCGCCCCCCUGGCCCUCUGACCAAGAUGGGUAGAGGUCUCUGCUCUGAUGCACCCUGCAGCCAGCAGCUCCUGUGGGUGGGUUUCAGAGAACCAGCUGGCGCAGCUCCUGCAGCUCUUCCCCAGCCUGCCAGGGAGAGCCUGCUGGGGCCCAGGGCCCUGCCGGCCGGUGUUGGAGUGUCUGGGGCCUCUCUGCGCCGGCCGCUCCUGGUGGGGCACUGGGUCCUGGCAUCCCCUGCACACACAGCAGUCCUGGGGGGCUGUGUCGGCCCCUGCGGGCCCCCUGAGGCCUCUGAGAUGUCAGAGCCCCUGAUGCUUCUGCUUAGCCUGUCAAUAAAGGUAGAUCUGAUUG